UUGUCUGAUUAAAAUUUCGAUACAGAGGAGAAAUCAAUCAGAAAUGAUGUCAUCGUUGAUGAUCAAUAGAUCACGAAGCAGAUGUGUCCUACUCUGGAAAACCCAUGGAUUGAAAAUCACAAGUAUUUUCUCUCACUCGUUUGCAGAUUCAGUUUCGGCCUCCUCAGAUUCAACAAGAAGUUUCAAAACUACAUCUUCUGGAUUCCAAUCUAGAAUAUUUAGCAACUUUGCUUUUCCCGGAACCAAUUUGACUCGACAAUUAAGCACAGAAGCUGUAGUACCUGUUGCUUCCACCUGUGACGGUCUUACGGUGGAACGAAUCAUAGCUAACCAAUGGCCCAUUUUAGACGAAAAUGAGAGCGAUUGGAAGAGUCACGCUGCAGCUAUUGCACAGUCCAUUCAAGUCAUCAAGAGACGCUUGCAGUGGAAGAAACUGUUGGUGAGGGUGAGAAUGUUAUCUGUAGAGCUGAAUAAGCCUCAUCUCUGGGAUGAUCCAACUCAUGCUGGUAAGAUAAGCCGGGAGCACGGCUCCCUCACUGGGAAAAUGAAAGGAGUUAUGACUUUUGAAAGGGAGCUGCUUGAACACAUUGACAUGUUGAAACUCGCUAAAGAGGAGAAUGACUCUGAGUUAGAAUCGGAAACUAUGAGUGCGUUGAUGGAAAUGAGAAGGGUUUCAAAAGAGAAAGAACUUGAGGCUUUAUUAUCCGCCGAGAACGAUCAUUGUUCAUGUUAUAUCGAGGUCCAAGCUGGAGCUGGAGGAACAGAGAGCAACGAUUGGGCAUUAAUGGUAAUGGACAUGUAUAAAUCAUGGGCUCAAAGACGCAAAUUCUCAGUCACUGUCGUCGAUGAAAUGCCUGGAGAGAUGGCAGGAAUCAAGCGUGCGACAAUCAAAGUGAAUGGUGAAUACGCUUAUGGAUAUGCGAAAGCAGAAGUUGGAGUUCAUAGGCUGGUGCGUAUAUCACCCUUUGAUAGUGGCAAACGGAGGCACACUUCGUUUGCUGCGGUUGCGGUGAUUCCGAUUCUAGGUGACGGGUCAACCCGAGUGCAGAUCAAUGACUCGGAUCUCCGGAUAGAGCGGUUCCGUUCUGGAGGAGCUGGUGGACAGCAUGCUAACACGACGGACAGUGCUGUAAGAAUCAUUCACAUACCAACUGGCAUAACAGCAACUUGUCAGAAUGAAAGGUCGCAACAUAUGAACAAGGCUUCAGCAAUGGCAGUGCUACAGUCACGACUAGACCAACUAGAGAUGGCUCGUCAGACAGCAAUGAAUGCGCAACAUACACAAUCACUAACCGAGAUCAGCUGGGGAAAUCAGAUUAGAACUUAUGUUCUCCAUCCAUACAGAAUGGUGAAGGAUCUGAGAACAAACUACGAAGUCUCUGAUCCUGACUCAGUUCUUGAAGGAGACUUGGAUGGUUUCAUAUUGAGCUUCUUAUCUUCUUCUCUGGACAAAGGUGAUGAUGAGCAUUAAGGUUUUUGAAUCUUGAGCUAUCUCUGCCGCUUUAGUAAAAGAGUUCAUUGUUUUCAGAAGGCUUUAAGUUUGUAAUCUUUAAAGUCCAAUAUUUCUUCUAGAAUCUGUGUUCAGUUCAAACCUUUUUAAUUUAUUUGUAUUACAAUAAAUCAGUACUUAUUAGAGUAGAAUCUCUAUAAAUUAAUAUUUGAUAAAUUUCCAUCAUGCAUGAAGCUAAAAAUAGCAAUCUUCUGAGUUACUGUUACAAGCAGUAUCUUGAUCUCAGUAUCUUGUUCCAUUGGAGUUGCUUUAUUGC